UUGCGAAUUGCGAGUUUUGUUAUCGUUACACAGCAACAGGAUUUGUGAACUUCUUAUGUAUUGAAUAAUAUUCUAAUGACAGGGAUGACAUUUAGUCAUGAACUAAAAAUGGUUACAUAUCACUUUCUGAGGAAUAUGUUGUCAAUCUUGUAAGAAUCUUAAUAAUGGAUUUAUCACGUAGUUUGUUAUUAAACGAUGAAGCUUUAUCCAAGUUACCAGAAGCGAAGCAGCAAGUGUUUGUGUUUGAAUGGCUACGGUUUUUAGAUGAAACUUUACCAUUGUCUCAAAAGUCACAUAUCAGAGAAUGCCAAAAUAAGUUAGUAGAACAGUUAACUGUACGCAUGCAAUGCCCUCAUGGGCCACCUACCCGAAAUUUAAUUGCACGUUGUUUGGCUACUCUUUUUUCUCUUGGGGAUACAUUUUUAUUAUUUGACACUGUUAACAAAUGCAAUGAGAUUCUUAGACAUCGAGAUGAUACAUCGAGCUAUCUUUCAACAAAACUUACUGCAAUUGCAGUUUUGGGAUGUAUGUAUGAAAGUUUGGGAAGGAUGAUGGGGCGAUCAUAUGAAGAAACAAUACAAAUACUAACCAAAAGUCUGAAGCAUGCCGAAUCUCAAACAAGAGCAGAAAUCAUGGUUACACUCAAUAAAUUGUGUGCGGGAAUGGGCACAGUAAUUUCGAGCGUGUACAAGGAUGUAUACAAAGCUUGUAAGCAUGGAUUAACGGAUCGUGCCAUGUCAGUUCGUUGUUCGGCUGCUCGAUGCUUGCUGGAAAUGCUUAAUGAUAACUCACAACAGGAACGUCAACUCUCCUACAUGCUGCUUCAAACAGCUAAUGCUGAUUUUGAGGCUUUGGUGACACUUUGCUUUAGAGCCUUUGAUGGGAGCAAUUACGAAGUUCACUGCACUGUUGCUAGACUUCUUGGCACCCUGAUGGCUGCUAUCCAAUGCCAAGACGAAAAAUCUUUAGGCCAUCAAAACAAAUAUGCCAUUAAAACAGUGAGUUUGGAGGAAGCUUUGAGUUUGCUGAUGUCAGGUUUUCUACGAGGGGGAAUUUCAUUUUUGAAAGGCACUGGAGAAAUGAUUAAAGGAGGUUCUAGUGGCAAUCGUGAAGUACGAGUUGGUGUAACUUAUGCCUACAUCGUGUUUGUUCAAGCAAUGGGUGUUCAAUGGUUGGAACGUAAUUUAACAACAUUUUUAACACAUAUUCUGGAUCUAGUUGCUAAUCCCAAAGUUGCAUCAUCUCAUGUUGAUGCUGUUUACUCACGAAAAUGCAUCAGUUUCAUUUUGCAUUCUGUCCUGGGGAAAAUGCUCAGUGAGAAAGCGCAGUCAUCCUCUUGCAAAGAAAUAGUUCACAUCAUAGUUAAACAAAUGAAUUCAUUAGAUUUUAAUCCAGAGAAUGCAAAAGACUACAACCAGGAAACUCUUUUUGGGCAACAUCUGCUAGUGUGUGCUUUACAAGAAAUGGGCCGUCUUAUUUUAAGACUCGGUACACAAGCAAAUUUAAUUCAUGAUUCCUCUUUGAAUCUAAUUGAGGCUACGGUAUCUGUAUUAGUGCACCCUUGCCAGGCAGCGAGGUUGGCUGCAGCUUGGUGUUUGCGCUGCAUAUGUAUUGCAGUGCCUAGUGAAAUAACUCCUCUUAUCGAUCGCUGUGUUGCAGCUAUUGAAAGUAUGAACACCUUGCCUGAAGCAAUAGCAGGUUACAGUAGUGCACUGGCUGCAGUGCUUAGCAGUGUGCGUUACUCGCCUUUAGGAAUCCCUCACACGAAAGGAAAAAUUGUUUUUAAUACUGCGGAAGAAUUAUUAAGAUCAGCUAGUCAAAAUAGCAGGUUAUCUUUGAACAGAACCCAGGCUGGCUGGCUUCUUAUUGGUAGCAUAAUGACUUUAGGUAUACCAGUUGUUAAAGGUCUAUUACCACGCAUGUUAUUGUUGUGGAGAAAUUCUUUCCCAAGAUCUGCUAAGGAAUUAGAAUCAGAAAAAUCACGUGGUGAUGCAUUUACAUGGCAGGUCACUUUAGAAGGGAGGGCUGGGUGCAUUAUCGUCGCUAUGCAUAGUUUUCCGCAUUGUCCUGAAUUGGUCACAGAAGAAUAUAUUCGGAGACUUUUGACGCCUAUCGAAAGUGCAUUAGCUAUGGAUAGGGUAAUAAAUGAAUAA